GAGACAGAUGUUAGAGCCGAGCAAGAUGCAGGGCUGCAUGGUGGGGAGCAGGGCUAUUCUGGGCCUGCUUCUUCUGAUCUGUCUUCAUCUUCCAGGCUUCUUUGCCCGAAGCAUUGCUGCAGUGGAGGAGAUAGUUCUCCAAGACUUAGGAACCAGCUUACCUCUGCUUGAACAACCUUCCUUGACCAGCCACUCCAACUCUGAACUUCCUCAGCCAAAACCAGACCCUGGGCCAAAUGAUUUAACAAGGGUUCCUCUAAAGCCCAAUGCUUCUCCAUCAGAUGGCUCCCAACCUGCAAGAGGUUCUGGGGUUCAGAGGUGGCCCCCAACUGAGGACCUGCCCUCCAUGGAUCCCUGGCCCUCUGAGGAUCCUUGGAAGAUGAGGGCUGCCGCCACUGAGAACCACGUGGGGGAAGUGCUGCCUGAAAAACUGUCUUUCCUUUCUGAUGCUGUUGCCCUUUCACUGGGCAGCAGUCCUUGGCCUGCAGGGCCCUCUGCACGCUCCAUAGGCCCCAUACCUGAGGCUCUACUCCUCCACCAGGACUCUGAGUCUAGAUGGCCAUUCCAUUCUAAUGUUCUGGGAGCCCAGAGAGAAAUCUUUGCCCAACGCCCACCCUCUCUUAUUAACAGGAUUCGACAGCCACUGCCACCUGGGCACCCCUGGGGAACCCUAAAUCCAAGUGUGUCCUGGGGAGGUGGAGGUCCUGGAACUGGAUGGGGAACAAGGCCCAUGUCACACCUUUUGGGAAUCUGGGGUAUCAGUAAUCAAUACCCAAGUACUAGCUGGGGGAAUCUUAACCAGUAUCCAGGUACUAGCUGGGGAAAUAUUAACCGGUAUCCAGGAGGCAGCUGGGGAAAUACUCAUCUACGCCCGGGUAUUAAUAAUCAGUUUCCUCCCAAAGUUCUCCAUCCUACUGGCUUUUCUUGGAACAUCCCAGCUGGCUUCCUCAGUUCUCAAAACCCUGGGUCACAGUGGGGUUAGGAGAAAAUCCUAAGUUGGAAAUCAGAGAAUGGAGUCCUGCUCCCUCCAGUAUGCAGUAUGAACUAAAUCAAGACUCAACCAGUGUGUUUUCUAGCACCACCUCCUUUCCACUGCCUCCUCUGUUCCCCCCUUGCUGAACUCCAAUAAAAC